AUGGGUUGUUAUUUCCCAGUGGAGUACGGAAUCCAUCGUUUUACGAAGAAUCUAUCCUACUCAAAGGCGUCCACCACCUCUCUCGCUCGACCUCGGUGCUGUGGGAGCUCGGAGUUCAGAAAGACGGGAAUCUGCGCCAUGAAAGGAGACUUCGUUUUCGUCGCUCUUCUCCUAACCCUGCCUGAGUUGAGUCUCCAGGGAAUCGUGAAAAAGACGCCGAGUACGACUACAACUCCGACUACUACUACGCCCACUCCGAUUUGCAGCCAAUACACAGCAGAUGCGCCUCUGUUUCUUGCGGGCCAAUGCGGACAAUUCAAUCUGACCAGAGCGUCUUCCUCGAGUAGCUGGUUCAGUCGACUCCUAGAGGUCUUCCUUUUGCAACCGAGUGGUGCCGAAUCGAAGGCCAGACAGGUGGACCCCUUGAUCUACGGCGGAACCCCUGCUACCAUCCAGGAAGCACCGUGGCUAGCCUUUCUCAGCAUCACUGUGUCUGGGAAUUUGUAUGGCUGCACUGGCUUCAUCAUCGAUCGACUUCACGUUUUGACUGCUGGCCAUUGCAUCAAGGAGGGAUCGUCUUCGGCAACCUCUGUGAAAGUCACAGUCGGAAACGAGAAUUACGAAAGGGGAACGAGUUACACUGCUGCAUCCUGGGAUGUUCACCCUCUUUUCAACGACUCGGCAUACGAAAUGGGCCAUGACAUCGCCGUGAUCAAGCUCACCGGGGCCCUCACCUUCUCGUCAUCCGUCCAACCGAUCUGCAUCCCGAGAACCGAUAGCGUGCACGAUGCUGAAGCGUGUCCCAAGAAAGUUUUUGGAUGGGGUCGUAUCGGUGAUAAUUUGGCCACCAAGUUUCUGCAGACGAUGUCAGUUUAUGCGUCGAUUGGUUGCAGUGACGUAGACAAAAAAGAAGUCAUAUGCGUGUCCGGGACAAACUCAGAGACUGCAAUUUGCCCGGGAGAUAGCGGAGGACCUCUGGUUGUUUACCUAAACGGUGUGGCCUAUGCCAUGGGAGUUGCCUCGUUCAAGCCUUCGUCUUUCUGGUCCGGUUCAUCUUGUGGAAGAACAUCCUACGAUACCAGGGUCAGCCUCAAUUCCGACUUCAUCUACACCACCGUCACCAACGGAUGA